UCUUUACCUUCUUCUUCUUCUUCUUCUGCUUCUCCUCCUCCUCUUCUUCUUCUUCAUUUAGACAUCUCUUCUUUUCUUAUUAUGAAGUUGUUCAAAAGUAUUCAUGAUUAUAACUACCAAUGGGAUCUUGUAUCAGCGGCAAAUUGGCAAAAAUAUCCCAAUGAAAAUUGUCCCCAUGUCCAACAUGUAGAUGUUUUAAAUCGUACUGUGGAUCCUGAAACUGGUAUUUUGACAACUGAACGUUUGAUUACUGUUGAACAAUCAGUACCUAGAUUUAUUCUAAAGUUACUUGGUGGUGAUACUACUCAAUAUGUACGAGAAAUCUCUGUUAUUGAUCCAAGAAAGAAAACUUUAUCUAUGGAAAGUGUUAAUCUUACAAUGUCCAACUUUUUAUCAGUUCAUGAAUCCAUUGAAUAUAAACAACAUCCUGAAGAUAUUAAUAGAACACAAUUCUCUCAACAAGCAGCUAUUACUGCUGGAAGCGCAUUAUCAAGAUGGGGGAACAUGUUAGAAGAUUUCUCAUUAAAACGAUUCACGGAAAACGCAUCGAUUGGUCGGGAAGGAUUUACUCAAGUCUUGGAACGUUUUGUGGUUAUGGCUGAAGCAAAGGAAUCCUCUCCAUCUUGUCAAUAGUUUUUAGUUACUCAUUAUUGUUAUUAUUAUUAUUAUUAUACUUUAUAGAUUUCAUUCUUCUUUUCAUUCAUACUAUUUUUUUUUUACCCUUUUUU